AUGUUUUGCCUGCGCACCGUCUGCAGUGCCAUCUGGAAUGCCGUUGCGAGGCGCCGCCUCCCUGAGGGGCCAGCCGACGCGGGGAGUCUCCGCGUCUUGGAGACGCCGGAGGAGGUGCAGGGGCUGCUCGCCGGGAAGCGCGUGCUCCACGUCAAGGGGUUCGGCGCGGGCUUCGGGGGUCCCCCGGAGGGACGGAGCGACGUGCAGCAGCGGCAGGAUGAGGACGCCGUGGUGGCCAUCUCGCGGUUCCGCCCCGACUUUCUGGUGGUCGACGGCGAUCCUUGGAAAGAUGGCUUCCAGCGCUACGUCAAGGCUUACGUGGACAGGCAGGCACGCGCUGGGAAGGCGGUGCCGGGGCUCGUCUGGGUGAAGAACGUCAAGGGGAGCUCGCCCACCCCCGAAGAACGAGACAAGCAUCAGGCGAAGGCCCGCGAGUGGGCCGACCAGGGGCUCCAGGUGACAGUCUCAUGGCUGCCAGAGGCUUCCAUCGCUGAGGGCAUGGGUAAGCUGUUCGGGGCGGACUGCUGGGAGAAGCUGCAGGGGCAGGAGUUUGACUGCAGAGGCGCCGUGAAGCUGCUGCAGGCGGCCGAGCCCGACGGGCCCGAGUGGCUCCGCGAGCUCAAGGGCACCGCGUCUGGGUGCGAGCUCUACCGGGCCAUCGAGACCGUGGAGAGCCGGGCCGAGCAGCAGUUCUUCGAGAAGUGCAGCUUUGAGAACGCCGCGAAGGGCAACGCGAUAUACCAGCACCUGCGGGGGGCGGGCCAUGCGCCGGCCGCGCAGGGAGUCGUGAGCUUCGGCGGCGGCGAGAGUGUGCUGCUGGAGUUCGCGACUCUCUACCUCUUCCCGGGCUCCGGAUUCGACGCGAGCCGUGCCGCGCUCUUCUCGAUGAUCCUCAGGGGACAGCGACCCUGCGCUGCCUGCGCACAAGGGGUGCGCCUUCCAGUCGGAGUAGGGUUAGGCGCUCGCCGACGAGCAGGCGCUGGCACCACAGUGGGCACCUCGGCGCCGGCAGCCCAGCUGGCGACACCACCCGCCCGCGAGGAGGCGCUGGCGGCAGCCGUCUGGCCCAGGAAGGGCAGCAGCCAUGGGAAUGAUGGUUGCAUCCCCCGGCCGCCGCCAACUUGCGUCGCCCCGAAGAGGGGACGCCCACGCGCAGGGUUCGAGCGCCUGCAGCGGUGCGUCAGCAGCUCCAUACCUAAAGAGAGAUGCACGUCAGCUGCCUGGCCUGCUGUCACAGAGAGCGAGAGGGGUCUCUUGGACAGUCGUGGGCAACUUUGGGCUUGCUUGGGUCGUUUUGAGGCUCUUCUUGGGAUCGUUUUGGGCCGUUGCGCUAAGACGACAGUCUUGGCGUUUACCUGCAGAAUUGGCGAUGGCCAUUCGUUGCGGCGUUGGUCAAGCAGCGCAGCAAGGGAUUCCUUUGGACCUGCGGUUAGCCAGUCUCGCGCGGCCAGCAGAGUGAAGCACGCUCAGGAGGAAGUUGGUUUCUCUUGUCUGUGCCAUCAUGCACCAUUAGCGGGGUAG